AGUCUACUCUCCGCACUCUUCAUUCACUCCAUUUUCUUUCAAUUCUGAUAAACCGGCGAUCAGUGUUUUAUUUUUUAAGGGAAGAGUAUUACAUCGCCACAUCAUUAUACGUAAAAAAAAUAGGGGACACACUGGGAUUGUAAUAAACAAUAAUCAUGGAGACGGAGGAGAGCGAUCAAGACAUCCUCAGCCGAAUUUUGAGUGAAGCGGAGGUGGCACAGAUCCCGGACGGCAUUGCAACAAAAUUGCGAACACAUUUCAACGAAAACUUUGAGGAAUUCAUCACUGCUAAAGCUGUUUUUCAACAUGGAAAGCAAAAUUAUGAGAAAAAAAUUGAGAAACUGGAAAAAGACUGUCAAGCCCAUCAGCAGGACUUGGAUGAAUGCAAAGGAAAGCUGGAGAUGGCCGAGAGCUACGUCACCGCCCUCCAAGCCAAGCUCGACGAGGAGAAGGGAGAGAUCCACAAGCUCCAAGAGUCCCUGAAGCACAUCCAAAAGGAGAAUUCCGAUUUCCGACGCCAGCGAGACGCAGCAGUGGACGAGCGUGACACACUGCAGCUGCAGGCCGAGCGCCGAGACCACGAGGUGGAGCGCCUCCACACCGAGGUGAAUUCUCUGUCCAGCCAGUUGCAGUCAGCAGUGGCAGCUAAAUGCCAUGCACAAGCAGAGUCCGAGGAGAUAAAGAGCCAAGAGCUGAAUCUGGUGUACAAGGAGAAGCGCCUGGAGCAGGAGAGGAGCCUCAUCACCCAGCAAAUGAGCUCCUUGGAGAUAGAGCUGGCGAAGAAGACGUCAGAACUCCAGGCGACAAGAUCAGAGGCAUCAGCAAGGAGUCUCCUGACCGAGACUCGUCUUUCCCAGCUGGAGGAGGAAUUGAGAAUUUCAAACGACACUUUAAUCCAACUGCGAGAGGUCAACGCAAACUUCCAGAAGAGGUGCGACGAGUUGACCCAGAAAUUGGAGGAGCAGAGGAACCACGAGCUGUCGAUGCACUCGUCUUACAGAGAGGAAAUUGGUGCGCAGACGAGGCUGGCUGAUUUGUACAAGGGAAUGGCUGAGGAGGCCAAUGCCAAAGCCGAGGAGUACACGAAUGCUGUGAAGGAGCUCCAGACGAUCGUCGAACAGGCGACUGAGCAGUAUGGAAGCCUGGAGACAGAGUUCGCCCAAUUUCGAUUAGAGCACGACGAGAUUCUGUUGGUGAAGACAACGAGGAUCGAGGAGUUGUCUGGAGAGUUGGAAAAGGCCAACGAGUUGCUGGGCAGUUUGAAGCAGGAGAGACUGGACCAGGCGGUGGAGCAGCUGGCCCCAACAGCAGCCAUCACCAGUAGAAUUCUGAAGAAGGGUCUCAGCCUGACCCAGAUUUACACGAAACUCGUGGACACUGUUAACGAGCUGACAGUCGAGAAGGAGGAGAACGACAAGCUGAAGGCCCAGAUGGAAGUGAUCCUGAAGGAGAUUGAGGACAAGGCCCCAGUGCUCCAACGCCAGAGGAUCGACUACGAGGCGGCGGUGGCCAAUGUUGAGACCCUGUCGAGUCGACUGGACGAGCUUCUGAUGGAGAACACUCGCCUCCAGGAGACUGCUGACGAGGCAACGAGGAUAUCCAGCCACCAGAGUCGAGAGAACCAACGACUGAAGACAGAGCUGGCUGAUCUGGCUCGACAAGUCUGCUAUCUUUUGAAGGAGGUCCAGGAGAGCAGAACUGGAUCAAGACUCGCCACUGGGGACGAGCCCACCCCCAUGGAGACCGACCUGGCGUCUUCCCAGCUCAUCAGCAAAAGGCUGGUGACAUUCCGAGACAUCGAGGAGCUCCAGGAGAACAACCAGAAGCUGCUGUCAAUCGUUCGAGCGUUGUCCUCGAGGCAGGAGGAAAUCGAGCGCUCCCACGACGAGCUGCAGUCUGGAGAGCUGAAGGAGAAAUUGGCUAGGUACUUGGAGCAGUUGAGCGAGAUGCAGGCAGCCCAGGACAGGCAGAGCAAAAUGCUGGAGGGGUUGAUGAGACAGCGGGACAUGUACAAGAGAAUGUACCAGCAGGCCUCCAACCAGAGUCCAGGACAGGCGAGAGACCAAGAAGAACAGGCACUCUCUCAACAGGACUCUGAAGGCAACUCUGAGGAUCCCCUCAAGUCCAGCUCUGAACAGUCUGAGAAAUCCCUGCAGGAGAACAAAGACAGGAUCGAAGAGCUCGAGGACAAGCUGUCUGAUGCUGAGAUCAAGCUGAAAGCCAUCAGCGAUGAGUACUCCACUUACAAAAAGGAGAAGGCAGCUCACGAGAAGAUGCUGGGAGAUGAAGUUGAGCGUCUCAGGAAGGAGGCAGACACCAAUUCCACCAGGUGCUGUCGUCUCAAGGCUCAGCUGGACUCCUCCCAGGAGCGCUUCAACCUGCUGCAGUCCAACGUAGCGACCUACAAGUCCCAGAUAAAAGCACUCGAGGACAGAUGUGCGAAUUACAGCACGACAAUUGGCAAGCACGAGCAGAGCAUCAUGCUGCUGAAGGACGAGACGCUGUCGGCGCAGUCGAAGCUGUCUCGUGCUGAGGUCCAGCUUGAGAACCUCAGGCAGGAGAGGCAGCACCUGAGGGACAACGAGGGGCGUCUGCUGAAGGAACGAGAAAUGCUGCACAGGGAGAGGCAGACCCAGGCACUUCUCAAGGCCGACGUCGAGUCCAUAAAAGCCAGUUUGGAGAGGGCACAGGCUGAGGGACAACUGAGGACCGAAGUGAGGCUGGACGAUGCCAACAGGGAGUGCGCUGCACUGAGACGACGUCUGCAGGAGGAGCAGGACAGAUUUAGGGAGCUGUCGUCUCACCUCGAGCGACAGCUGUCGACGGCGCAGGAGAGGCUGGCGGAGGAGCAGAGUCUUGGGGAGCGGCUCAAGGCUGAGCUCGACGAGGCGAGGGCAGCGCAGGGGAGUGGGGAGCGCAAGGUGGAGGAGUUGGAGGCCAAACUCAGGGAGGCGAUCAGCCAGUCACGAAGUAAACCCAUCACUGGCGAUGAGAAUCUUGCGAAACGUCUUCAGGAGUUGGAGCUGCAGCUGGCUGGGGCCAAUGCGGAAAUUCGCUCGUUGGUGGAGCAGCUGAAGACUGCGAGACAGCAGAAUCAGCAGUACAGCGACAUUGCUGACAGCACGGAGACGCAGUUGAAGGAGAUCACUGAGCAGUACCAGAGGCAGGUGAGGGAGCUGGAGGGGGCUCUAGAGGCUGCUAGGAACGAGGCUGGAGGUCUCAACAGGCGACUGAAGCAGUUGGAGAGCGAACUGGUGCAGUCGCAGAGUGGCCAGCAGGUCACUGACUCGGAAUUGAGGGAGAGACUCUCCUCUGCUGAGGCCAAGGUCGAGGAGCUGGACGAGGUGAAGGGGGAGCUCGAGCUGCUGAAGAGUGAUCUGCAGGCUGCGACGCAGGCGGCACACGAGGCUGAGGAGAAAUACGCCAGGGAGAUGAUGCUCCACUCCAACGACCUCCAGGCACUUGCCAAACUGCGAAGUGACACUGAGAACAUCUCCAAGACUGUCAGUGAUUUGACGCAGGCCAGAGACGCCGCUGUUGCUGCUCUGGAGGCUGAGAAGUCCUUCAGCCUGGAACGAGAGAAGAAACUCAAGGCUGACGUCGAGGAGAUGGAGAGGAGGAUCGACGACCUCGACAAGCAGAAUGGACUUCUUCAUAGUCAGAUUCAGGAGUUGAGCGAUAAAACAGCUAUCAUGCAGAGCAGCAGGACGUCCCUUGGGGGCGAGCAGGAGGCCAUGGACACGAGUCUCGAGAACAGGAGCUUCGUGGGGGAGGAGGACUCCAAAUCCACCGAUCAACUCCUCAAAAUCAUCAAAUACCUGAGGAGGGAGAAGGACCUUGCUGUCACGAAGCUCGAUGUUCUUCGUGCUGAGAACAUGAGGCUCAAGUCCCAGGUGGAGAAUUUGGAGAAGAGGGUCAAGGAGGCUGAGGAGGCGGUGAAUUCCCAGAGGGAAAAAUCGGAUAUCGACGUUGCCACCACUUCGAAGCAUGCUGAACUCCUCAGGAAGGUGGAGACACUCAAUGCCAUUGCUGACUCCAACAGAUUCCUUCGUGAGGAGAGGGACUCACUGUCAGUCAAAGUCACAGAGUUGUCCUCGCAAAUAUCGAUACUGUCCGAGGAGGUGGUGCCACUGAGGGAGCAAGCGAGAGACUUCACAGCGAAGACUGAGCUGCUGUCCCAGGAGAAUGCUGGACUGAGGAGUGAAGCCAUGAGGUGGAGGCAGCGUGCCAAUGCCCUGGUGGAGCGAGCCAACAAGGCCAGCCCCGAGGACUGGAGGAGGCUCCAGACAGAGCGUGAGAAUCUCAGCAAAUUGCUGACUUCAGAGCGCGAGAUUCACGCCAAGAAGAUGGAGGAGUUCAACGCCCUGAAGGGGGAGAAGGCGAAAUUGGAGGAGCAGAUCGUCCAGUUGAACAGGCAGAUCCAGACUCAUGGGGAGGAGGCAACGAAGGCCAGCGAGGAGGCACGCAAGCUCGGCCAAGACCUCAGCGAGGCCCUGGCAGACUCGACAUCAAAGUCCAACGACCUGGCGUCCUUGAAGAAGGAGUUGGACAGCAAGGAGGCUGUCCUCAACGACAUCAAGAACAAGGAGCUCCAGAUAAGGAAGAUUGCUAAGAAGUACAAGAUGCAGUACGAGGAGCUGGCGAAUCGCAAAGCUGAGGAGGUGCCACCAGCGGCGAACCCUGAGGAGGUUCAGGCGACUCAGGAGAGGGAGGAGCUGCUGCGUGAGGAGGGGCGCAGGGAGAUUCGCCAGAGGAUCACCGAGCUGGAGGGCCAGAUCGAGGAGCUGACGACAACGGUCACCACACUACGUGAGGAGGCCGAGGGGCUCAGAAGGGACAUUGAGAAUUUAAACAGAACGAGCUCUGAGAAGGAGGAGAGGACUACGAGGCUGCUGAAAACAGCCAAGACUAGGAUAAUGCAGUUGACUGAGUCCAAGUCCAAGUGUGAGAGGGAGCUCACUGACCUGAAGGAGAGAAUGGACUCAAUGUCGAAUGACAACGAGCAGAGCGAGCAGAAUGCCAGACUGGUGGCGAUAAAGUCGCAGCUUGAGGGGAGGGUCUCUCGGCUGGAGCACGAGAAGGCUGAGAUAAAUUCUGAAAAGGAGACCCUUCUGCAGAGGGUGGGGCAGCUGCAGAGGCAGCUGUCAGCUGGGGUCAGUGGAGUCUCGGCGACCAGUGAGCCACCAACUGCCAAUAUCAAGCCGAUGGCGUCGGCGAGGGCUGAGACACCUCUUGCCAGCAUCAGACCGUUGAAUGUUCAGACGAGAACAGCUGCUGUUCUACCCACGACUGCGAGCAAUCCAGUGCUGGUGGCCCCUCAGCAGCAGCAGCAGCAGCAGGUGGUGCACACCACUGAGACGAGCUCCCCCACCAGCAGUCACACCGAUUAUCAACCGAGCACGAGCACUUCGGUCUCCCAGGCCGGGCAGUCGAGCCUGAGGCAGCUUGCUGUGCAGCCCCAGCUGAGCGAGUCUGCUGAGUCCACCCAGAGGGAGGAGUCUGAGAAUUCCGAUAAUGGGCAGCAGGUGCAGCAGCCCCAACCGCAGCAGCAGCAGCAGAGCUGCCAGAAUCAGCAGAGCCAGCAGCAGCAGGGGCCGAGCCAGCAGACGGUGCAGGGUCAGGAUCACCAGCAGCCUCCGCAGACGGUGGCCCUGGUCAGCCCAAGGAUUGAGCAGCAGAGCCUCCAGCAGACCCAGCAGACCCCUGGGGACCAGCAGCAGACCAUUCCCAGUAGCUCGACGCAGUCUGUCAGCACCUCCCAGAGCUCGGGGCACAAGAGGCCCAGGACCCUGGAGUCCCCUGCCUCGGGGUCAGGAGUGGUCGAGGGCACAGACUUGAGGACCGACCAGCCCAGCCCCAAAGCCAAGAGGAUCCGCACGCAGGAGAUGCCCACUGCCACCAGUGGGUCUGAGGUCGAGUACCAGGUGCCCACGUCGAGCCAACGAGACCAGGACGAGGAGGCUGAGGACGAGUGCGUCGUUGUGGAUUGCGACGAGGGUGGUGGGCACAAUCAGGCCCCCGAGGAAGAGGAGUUCGAUAAUGAUCCUUACGGUGAGAUGGAGGAGGACGAGGAGGACGAAGAGGAGGAGGAGGAGGAGCUGCCCUACGGUGUCGAGGAGGAGGUCGAGGGUGACAACAACGAGGUGGAGAUAAUGGAGGAGGACUCCAGGAGUGUUCAGGUGCCCAGGCAAGCCCAGCAGGCCAUUCCCACCGGUCAACCCCAGCAGCAACAGCAGCAGCAGCAACAGCAGCAGUCUGAGGCCAUCAGCAGUGCUGGGCCCACUGGCGAGCCCCCGACGUUCGCCUCGAGGUCUUCCAGGGGGAUAGCCCCAAUGCCACGACAGCAGCAGCACUUCCUCCUCCCUCAGCAGGGGUAUGAGGAUGGGGGGGACGACAGCAUUGUCCCCAGCACUCCGACACUGUUCGUUCCUCGAAGGGGCGAUGGGUUUGGCGAGGCUGUGAGCUCCCCUCAGGUGCCUCAGGGUCGAUUCACCUUUGGGGACUCGGCGCCCUCGUCAACUCCAUCAGUCACGCCCACUGGUGGCGCCACUGUCAGGACCAUGUUCGAUGCCUCCGGCUCUGGGGUGGCUCAGGUCGUUCAGGAGGGCAUGGACGACACCAGGAUGGACUUAACGCAGUUGGAGGAUGGGGGCACUGGGCGAAGUGUGCCGACUACGCCUCUGCAGGUAUCACCAGCUGCUGAUAUUCCACCUUCGACCUCUGGGGGCCAGAUGGAGGAGCACGAGGCACCUGUGACGGGAUCCUCCGCUAUUCCUGGGUCUGAUCAGGGUGUCGAGGGAACUGCUGUUCCCAGCAUUCGUGUCACUGAUGAACAGGAGAGUGAACUCAUGGAGGCUGUCUCAGGGUCGAGUACUGCACCUGGGGUCAGCUCUGAUGGCGUCAGCUCUGAGAGCGAUCAGCAGACCAAUGAUCCGUCGGGAUGUGGCACUGGGGGCUCGGUCGAUGAGGAUUCGGUGGAGGGCCCUGGUGACGAGGGCGAGGGCGACGAGGAGGAGGGACGGGAGGCUGAGGCCUCACCGUCCAGCAAUGUCAGGCAGAGGAAUACUGUCACUGCUGGGGUCAAUGCUGCUAAUAUCAUCUCUCCGGAGGAGACCAGGGGGGCUGUCACCAGGAGGUCGGCCAGGGCUGCGGCCCAGCAGUACAGGGGCAACCCCAGGGGCACCAGGACACCCAUCACCUGGGGGAGUCAGGGGCCUGCGGGACAGACUUCCAUGAGGGGAGUUCCGACGAGGGGGACUGCUAUUGAUGGAACGCGCGGCAGGAGCCCCAGGGGCAGGAGGGCUAGGCCUAAGUACCCAUUCCCCAGAUAUUAGGGAAAAUAGGGAGUCGGGGUAAAAUGGAGGGGGGGCGAUUGAUUAAGGAGGACGUUUGAGGGCGUUUGGUUUUUUUAUUCUUGAAGAUUAUAUUUUCUUAUUGGUUCUUUUAAUUUUUUGCGUAUUUUUUAGAGUGAAACGGUUUUGAUUAGUAGGAAUUUUGGGGGUUUAGAGAUGAGAUGGAAGAGGGGAAAAUGCGGAUUAUUUGAAGGAAAUGCACAAAUAUUUUCGGCUCUGAUGACAUUAAUUUGAUUUGAAACAAAUGUCGGGGGCAAUUUUUCUGAGAUUAAUUCGUUUCAUAAGUAAAUUACAGUAGUGGAUUUUUUUGUGAUGAGAGAUCCAAAAAUAUUCGUCUUUUUUUUAUUCUUGAAGAUAUUGUUUUCUUAUUGAAUUUUUUAAUAUUCUUCAUAUUUUUCCGAGCGUGAAACGGUUUUGAUUAUGAGAAAUUGUAGAGGGAUGUCAAGAGACGAAAGAGAAGAGAUGAAAAUGCUGAUUAUUUAAAGGAAAUGCACAAAGAUUUUCGACUCUGAUGACAUUAAUUUGAUUUGAAUCAACUGUUUUCUGGAGAAAUUUUUUCUGAGAUGAAUUCAUUUCAAAAUAUCCAUGUUUUUCGAAAACAAAAUGAAUAAGAAAUAAUAACAAAUAUUGUGGCACGUGGAUAUUACUAAAAUGAGACCAAAUUCGUCUAGCAACAUGUGUGAUGAUUUGGCACGGUCCAUUUUACCCCACCCACCUCUAUUCAUAGACUUUUUUACGAAUAGGCAUAAGUUUUUGACAUUUGACAAAGUUUUCUCAAUUACCUUCCAUUCCAAUUCACGGCUUUUCAUUUCAAUUUUUCUUUUUUUUUCAUGUUUAAAGAGAUUUUCGUCUCAGGUAAUAAGAUACUGCGCAUUUAUUACGACUAUUAUUAUUAUUCUUGUGAGAUUUUCCAUUCAGUGGGGAGAAUUCAUGGUAAAUGUAGAGUGAGGAGGAUUAGAUUUGAGAAGUGAAUAAACCACGUGUAUAUAAA